AUGGCCACGAUCGAGCCACGCUUGAUUCAUCUGCUCAACGAGCCGACGACGCCCCAGAUUCCGCAUACCGACCUUCCCCCGCUGCAGUCUCUUCCGCUCCCCAAGGCUGCCGACCGAGCCCUGCCCCCGCUUGAGCCCGACACGAACCCGCGAGGCGAGAGACCAGUCGCCGACACCCAACCCAUCGCCAACGGUGUUGGCCCGAUAUACCUUGGGGCUGAUGAUGGCACCCUCGAUCCUUGGAGGGAAGGAAGUCGUCAAGAUGGGAAGUCAGCGGCGACCUCGGGACCCUUUCCGCUGCGUCUGGCGCUGGGUGAUUCCGACGUCCCGGAAUCAUCCCACUCGAUAAGCCGAAUGCUGGAUGACAGUCCCGAUCUCCCGGAUGAUGCCUCCAACAAGAAGCGGCACCGUGGGCUUCAUGUCAAGGAUGACUUUGUGCAACUGCCACAACCUCUCAAGAAGCAAAAGGCUGCCCAGCAGGCGCCUGUCAUGCCACCUAUCAUCAACGGACUCCACGAGCCCCCGCCACACGCUGCCCUGUUUCCGCCAAUAUCGUCCGAUUCAUUUGACGGAAAGGAUGGCGCACAGAUGAAGAUGCUGCACGAGUUCAACCAACCUACACAGGAGACUGACAAGAAUUCCAAUUCCAACAAAGGACGAAAACGGGCGACCAAGCCCAGAAGAAAGUGGUCCGAGGAAGAGACAAACCAUCUCUUGCUCGGCGUCGACCGGCAUGGCGUAGGAAAGUGGACCAGUAUUCUUGAGGAUCCGGACUUCAAGUUCAAUGGCCGAACAGCCGGAGACCUGAAAGACAGGUUCAGGACUUGCUGCCCCGAUGAGCUUCGCAAGUCUAGCAAGUCAUCUGAGCUUGGCUCGCCGUCACGCUCCGGAAAAGGGACAAAACAGAAGGGUAAGACUGAUACUCAUUUGGAAAAGAUUUUGAUAGAUGGGGAUACUUCUUCAACAAUGAACAAGACCUCGGUUCCACAGAACGACACAGACGGAACCCCGAAGCAGAAGAAGAGUCGUGCACACCGCAAAAAGAUGGAAGAUCUUGUCGAACUUGGGAUUCUCGGGCCCUUCAAGAAAUCUCAUCGUCGUGAACGUCGGCCUUUCACUGAACAGGAUGACCGAGAAAUCCUCGAGGGUCUCGACACUCAUGGCCCUGCAUGGACCAAAAUUCAACGGGAUCCUCGCUUCCAUCUCUCGAGCCGACAACCCACCGACCUGAGAGAUCGUGUACGCAACAAAUAUUCCAAUAUCUACCAUCGCAUAGAGAAGGGCACGUUUCAGACCAAAGAGGCUAGCCGCGGGAGCGAUGUCAUGGAACCGUCGGUGAGCAUCUCAAUCGAGAACUCACUCAAGUUGUCAAAGAGUACUGCACUUGAGCCCCAGACGAACCGUUCAACAUCGCGAGAGGAUCUUCCCAGGUGGCCACUACAGAGGAUGGACACUGGGGACAGUCUGCACGCAGUCCAGGGAUUCGAGUUUGGAGAAGCUCCGGCCCCCCAGUUCAUGGGCGGCGAAAUGGACAUUUCACGCCUACUUCUCGAUGAUGCAAAGCUAGCACAGGGCAACCAACGCUUUGGACUCGAGGGAGUUCCUGGUCUGACACCACCGUCUGGUGCUCCACAGGAAGCUCGCAGUAAGGAGGGGAUGCAACACCCGGUGAGGUAG